AUGGUGACCGCCACCGUGGCCCCGCCGCCACCGUCUCGAACAUCGACACGGUCCUAUCCUAGCCUGCUAUGUGCCGUUCUUGUGGCCCUCGCCGUCAUUUCGGCGGCAGUAGCAAGUCCGCCAGUCGAGCCGCUGUCGAGCAAGCUCAUCUUCAACCACCAUGUCGACUCUGAUGCCGAAUCGCUCGCAAACUAUCGCGCCGAGGUCGAAGGCUUCCAACGCUGGAGCCGCGAGCGUGGCCGCAUGCCCAGAUCGGACGACAAGCUGCGCGAGCUCGAGCUUGGCGAUCUCAAUUUGCUCAUCACCACCGAUAUCCAUGGCCACAUGGCGGGCCACCCCAAAUUAUCCCCUCCCGAGCCCAACUACUCGGGCGACUGGGGUCACUGGGCCUCGUUCGCGUCCAAGAUGCGUACCAAAGCUCACUCCGAAGGCCGCGACCUCUUGCUCCUCGACGUCGGCGAUCUGCACGAUGGCACCGGUCUUGCCGACGGCUUCCCGCCAUACAACAAGGACGAGCCCGGCGGCAAGGAGGCGGUCGACGGCCACGUCAGCAAUCAGAUCUUCUCCAUGGUCGACUACGACCUCCUCACCAUCGGCAAUCAUGAAUUGUACAAUUUCUCCGUAGCACAGGACGUCUAUCAGAACUUUGUGCCGCAGUGGGGCGGGCGCUACAUGACGAGCAACGUCAAGAUCGCCCUGCCCGGCCCGGACGUCGCCAAUGCCACCUACGCGCCCAUCGGCUCGCUCUUCAACACGCUCGUCACGCCCGUUCAAGGAUUCAAGAUCAUGUCGUACGGCAUCUUGUUCGACUUCAAGCUUGCAGCAAAGGGCAUCCAGGUGCAGCCGCCGCAGGAGAUGGUGGAGGAGGACUGGUUCAACCACAGCCUCGACCGCGCGGAAAAGUGGGGGGUGGAUGCCUUUGUCGUUCUCGGCCACAUGCCAGUCUCGGGCGACGCGGGCUGGGAUGCAGUGCACGCCAAGAUCCGAUCGCGCUUCCCGGACACGCCCAUCAGCAUCCUCGGCGGCCACACGCACGUGCGCGACUGCCGCAUGCUCGACAGCCAGACCAUGGCGCUCGAGAGCGGCCGCUACAUGGAGACCGUCGGCUUCAUGGGCAUCCGCGACCUCCAGAAACGCAAGCGCGCCGGCAACAAGGGCAAGGUCAAGUUCAGCCGUCGCUACAUCGAUUCCAAUCCGCGCAACUUUGUGCACCAUCUCGGACUCAACAGUCCGCGCGAGCUCGCCACCAAGAAGGGCAGCUUCAUCCGCUUCAUCAUGGACGCCAUCUCCGAGGCGUGGGGGCUCUCGAGGCUGCACGGCGUCGUUCCGCAGGACUACUACCUCGACCGCGUGCCGUACGGCGACAGCUCGAGUCUGCUCAGUCUGCUGGCGGACGAGGUGCUGCCCAAGGUGGUGCGGCCGUCGGAGAAGGCACGGCGCGACCGCAAGAGUCUGGUGCUGAUCAACAGCGGCUCGCAGCGCUUCGACGUGUUUUCGGGCCCGUUUACGCGCAACGACCAGUACAUCGUGUCGCCGUUCAAGGACCAGUUCCUGUACAUGGCGGAUGUGCCGUGGGGCAUUGCCAAGCAUCUGCUGCACGGCCUGCUGACGUUCAAGCAGGGGGCGGUUGUCGAGGUGAUGCAGGGCGGCACGCAGUACUCUGACGGCGAUGCGCUGCUGCGCUACGGCAGCGGGUUUGUCGAAGACAUUUUCGUGCGCUGGCAAAAGUCGCAGUGGUUCAAGUUCCUGCAGGCGGAACAGGUGGAUGGGCAGCACGCCGACGAGCAGGGCAACGUCACGGCGAAGAGCGUCGAGCAGCUCGAGGCGGAGGAGGACGAGGCGCUGCUCAAGUUCUUCCACAAGUACGACUCGCUCGACAAGCCGUCGCUGGGGUAUCGGACUGUGGACCAGUGUGCGGGUGCGGGCGACGAUACGGUGCACUCGCCGCUGCCGUUUUUCCCUGACCAGCCCGAAUACGUGGCGUCGAAUCCGGAGCCGAUGCCUGCGUCGGACGACGAGGUGGUGGACGUGGUUUUUGUUGACUUUAUGCGCAAGCUCAUCGUGCAGCUUCUCAACCGGUACGAUGUGCAGCGCAACGGCACGGGCGCGUAUAGGGUCGAGCAGCUCAAGAGGUGGGGCGAUAUCACGACGCAGCUGCUCUACCCGCGGUAUGCCGAGAUGGAGUGGCAGCCCGCCGAGGGCGCGCACAAGGCCGUGGCCGCGCAAGAACGCAGGGCGCGCAAGAUGGGCUAUGCACCGCUCGAGCUCAUGCCGGACGUUGGUGCCGCGUCAGCUCAUGAAGCGACGGAUACGGCCGCCUCGAGCUCCAACUCGGCCUCCUAG